GUCUGAACUGCCGGCGAGCUUUAAAGAAAUAUUAUACCAACAGCAGCAAUGUCGGGCAGGUCGGUCCGCGCGGAGACCCGGAGCAGAGCGAAAGAUGACAUCAAGCGGGUUAUGGCCGCUAUUGAGAAAGUACGGAAAUGGGAGAAAAAAUGGGUGACAGUGGGGGACACGUCCCUACGGAUCUACAAGUGGGUCCCCAUGACCGAGCCCAAGUCCGAUGAUAAGAACAAGAACAAGAAAAAAGGAAAGGAUGAGAAGUAUGGGUCAGAGGUCACGACCCCAGAGAACAGCUCCUCUCCUGGAAUGAUGGACAUGCAUGAUGACAACAGCAACCAGAGCUCCAUCGCCGACUCCUCGCCGGUCAAACAGGAGACCAGCCGCAGCACCAGCCCCGCCCCCGAGCCCAUGGCCGUCUCCCAGAGCGACAGUAGCGAGGCCAAGAGUGAACACAGCCAGUCCCCUAGUAAGGAUCAGCAGGGCACAGACAGCAAGGGAGGCAAGAGUCACCCAUCUUCAGAGUCCUCCGUAUCCAGCAUAAGCAAGAAAGACCAAUCCUCGGGGGAGAAAGAACUGUCCUCAGAAACUGCUAUAACCACUCAGCAGGAACUAGAAGGUGGGGCCCCUCCCUGUAAGAAGGGCAAACUGGAUUCCCCCUCCCAAGACUUUGAGGAGAGUUAAAUUUCACCGCAUCCAGUUCAAAUCUCUCUUACACCUCUAUCGAUCUCAUCACCUACGCCCCAAUACCUCUGCACUGACUCCCCAUUCGGGGGGGAUGGGGCGGACAGCUUCACUUUCAGCUGAGCCUGGCUCAUGCCCACCACCACCACCAUCCCCACCCCCCCGCCCCACAUCCCCGGUAGCCCAGCAAAGUUCUGCCUAACCCCGGCCUUUUCCCAGCCUAUCAGAGGAGGAUGGGGGAGGGGCUUUGGCGCCACGGCUAUCUGCGACACCGAAAAAAACAACACUGAAGAACUGCACCUGUGAAACACACCUGUGAAGGUCCCCGCUACCCUUUCCUUUUUUUGGGUUUUCUCCCCCCCCCCCCUCCCUUCAGUUCCUGUUUAAAAGCGGUUUAGUUUUUUUCUCAGGAGGGUCAUCGCACUGUUGUAGUAAUGUCCAAGUGGUUACUGAUGGUUCUGCUGCUGUAAAGAUAUUGUUAUAAUAGUCUUGAAAAUCUUUUUGAAAUCCCUCUUUAUUUAACAAAUAGGAACAGCGAUGAGUAUUUUAAUGAAUGGUACAGGUCACAUUGUUUCUUUUCUUUUUUCCUCUCUAUUACUGUAAAGAACGUAGCCCGUAAGAUAGGUCCUGCUUGGUCAUGUGACUUGUUACCAAAUCAAUAAGCUCUCAUUCGUUUUUACUUUUGUCAUCAUUUUAAAGUGCCCUAUCUUCAUUUGCUGUAUUUUGUUUGACAAGUUCAGCCAAGCAGUAACUGUUCAGUAAUCAACUUUAGGUCGUUCAACUUUUCAAAAAGUUAAUAAAUUUAAAAAUACAGGUUACAGUUGCAGCAGCAACAGAAAAUAAGAGGAAAGAAAUCAUUUUUUGUUCUUUUGGAUGUAAUUUUAAUUUGUUACAAUGUAAUUAUUGUCUGCCUCAAGGUGUUGAGCAUUAUGUAAAGCAUAGAAAGCAUUAUAUAAAACUGACUGCGUCUGAGCAAAGAGAAACUCUGCAUUCUGACUGAAAAUCACUUCCGUCAAUGUACAUAACGAUGGCCAAAACCGGCACUUGGAACAAUAGUUUAUAUGUUACGAUAUAUAUACAUAUAGACCAGUGCAGAGCCUUGUGCUGCGAUGGGCUCAGUAUCAGUAGGUUUCAAUGUUCUAAGUGUCAGAGCCAAGGCAGAUUGCUUUUCUGAGUAUAUGCACUGUGUACUGGUUUUGUUACCACAAUACAGGACAUGUACUUGAGAAUUUCAGCCCAGACCUGGGUCAGAUACAUAUUUGUUUUGGAUUCAAAUACUUUUCUGUGCUCUAUUGACCUUGCCUAGUAUAAUUGAGCCUGCCAAUAUGACCAGAAGGUGGGGUUUGCAGUUUUUGAGAGUAUUUAAUUGGUUCCAAUACACCAAACAAGAUCAGUAAAGCAUAGUAAAGUAUUUGAAUCCAAAACAAAUAUGUAUUUGACCCAGUUCUGUUUCAGCCGUAUGAAUCUGUGCAGAUUGGGCUCUUUGCUGAAACACGGCUGAGGGGACAUUCAUCGCACGUGGCCCGAGUUUCGUUUAAACUGAAACUGAAAGCCUGCACGUGCUUCCCUUUCAGAAGUAUGCUCAUCUUACUUAGGGUGUUGUGUUUGUGUUCUGUUGUUUAACAGUGUUUUUGCAUUGGGUUGUCCCUUACAGUGGGGGACCCCAGUGCCCCCAGACCCUCCCCCCCCCCCCCGCCUUGAGAACCCGAGAGGCCUGUUCCAAUUUGUCACAAAACUGUGCUAUGCAAAAUGGCACACGCUGAUUUGCUUUUUAAGUAAAUCUUAAUGUCCUAGUAAGCAAAAUAUUUUUAAAUGUUUUUUUUUUAAAUAAAUUUUGUUAUAAAUCAUAAAACACUAUUGCCAAUUAUAAAGCUAAGCUUGCAUUAUUAGUACAACCAUCUUUGUCUUAACGGCUACUUGGUGGUGAGAGAUUCAGAUUUGGUACUGUUGUGUAGGCCUGAGAGAUUCUGACUUUUUGAAUGAUUGUUUUUGUUGAAUUUUUUUUUUUCUUUUGAAGGAACAGAAAUACUGAAUGGAAUGCCAUUAUCCAGUGUCACAGAUUGCAUAGCACUACACAGGUUUGCACAGGUGUUUAGCAGGAGAAGAGUCAUGUGAUGAUCUGCUGGUGGCUAGGCCAGAUCUGGGACAGAGUAGGCUGCACGUCCAUCAGCCACUUUUUUCAGUGGAGCCCUGAUGACAAAAGGAAAAAACUGUCUACCGGACAAAAGCUAAAGGUUCCAAGAGAUAAAAUUACAUAUCAAAUUAACUUUUAAAAAAAUGUAAAAUAAAUAAAUAAUAAAAUAAAAAUUAAUAAUAUAAUCUCAUGCUGGUGGCACAGCUUCAGCAGCGACCAGCUGAAAAAUGAUGCAAGUCCCUGUGUAGUGGGUCUCUGUGACACUCCUGGAUGUAUUUUAAUGGGGGGGGGGCAUCAAAACUAGAACGUCUCAUUUUAUUAUAUUGGGUUAUAAUUUGGACCUGGUAAGAUGGCUCUGCAAAUACCUCAUCCAUAGUCCAGCGGUGCUAGCACCUGUACACCACGUAUCGAUUUAUAAACCAUGAUGUUCUCUCAGCUUGAAAUAAAAUAUAGGAUAUUUUGAUUUCCAUUCCACCGUUGUAGCAAAGUAGGCUAUUGCCUUUAUCUGUUUACCUUCGAUAAUUUGAGACUAUUGCAAGAUGAAAAAAAAACAAGGACUAUAAAAUAUAUUUUUGGGACCAUAUUUUUCUUUUUCUUUUUUUCCAGCAUUCAAUAGUGUUGUCAUGUACAGAAGUUUGUUUUACUUAUUUAUUCCAUCAGUAGUGUUUGGUUUUAUCAUGUCCAAUGGAUUUUUUUAAAUAAUAAAAGUCUACAAAGUACUUAUAAAGAA